GUGACCUAGAGAUCUCUCUCUCUCUCUCAUUUUUCCUACACCUGCACUCGAAGCCAUGCAAGCCUCCCUCUACCUGGACACCAACCCCUUCACAUGGCCUUCACGUUGCCACGCCUCCACCCACCACCCAUUUCGGCCAACGCCCACCGUCAGAUCCCGUCCCAUGCCUCAAGUCUCCGCCGUGGCCACGUCUCCUCCGCCUCUUAGGAGCAAGACUCACUCUCUGCCGCCGGAGAAGGUGGAGCUUUUUAAGUCACUAGAGGGCUGGGCAUCCCAUUCGAUUCUACCGUUUCUGAAGCCGGUGGAGGAAUGCUGGCAGCCCAGUACCUUCUUGCCCGACCAGUCGCUUCCGAGAGAGGAGUUCUUGGACCGGGUUCGGGAGCUUAGGGACCGGACGGAUGGAUUGCCGGAUGAGUACUUUGUGGUGCUCGUUGGGGAUAUGAUCACCGAGGAGGCUUUGCCUACGUACCAGAGUAUGAUCAAUGGGCUCGAUGGGGUGAGAGACGAGACCGGAGCUAGCUCGAGCCCGUGGGCGCGGUGGACUCGGGCUUGGACGGCUGAGGAAAACCGCCAUGGUGAUCUGCUCAAAACCUAUCUCUACUUGUCUGGUCGGGUGGAUAUGUUCAAGAUCGAGAAGACUAUUCAGCACCUUAUUGGAGCUGGCAUGGAGCCAGGAACAGAGAAUAAUCCAUACUUGGGGUUCGUGUAUACAUCAUUUCAAGAGCGAGCAACGUUCAUAUCGCACGGCAACACGGCUCGGCUGGCUAAGGAUCGUGGUGAUCCGGUGCUUGCCCGCAUAUGCGGCACCAUUGCAUCGGACGAGAGGCGCCACGAGUUCGCCUAUUCUAUGAUAGUGGAAAAGCUACUUGAAGUGGACCCAACCGGAGCAAUGGUCGCCAUUGCGGACAUGAUGAGGAAGAAGAUCACAAUGCCGGCCCAUCUUAUGUACGACGGCGAGGACCCCAAGCUGUUUGAGCACUUUGCGGCCGUGGCUCAACGGCUUGGGGUUUACACGGCACAUGAUUAUGCGGACAUAUUGGAGUUUUUGAUCGGUCGGUGGAGGCUGGAGAAGGUGGAGGGAUUGACGGGCGAGGGUAAGCGUGCACAAGACUAUGUGUGUAACUUAGCACCGAGGAUAAGGAGGCUGGAAGGGAGGGCAGAUGAGCGAGCAAGGAAGAUGGAGCCGCAUAGCGUCAAGUUUAGCUGGAUUUAUAACAAAGAACUGUUGCUGUAAUCAAAGUGUCCUCUUUUUGUAGUUAUUAAGAAGCAAGUAGUUUAUCUUUUCCGAUCAGUUGGAGAUCACCGUGAAUUUUGUUUCUGUUGGUUGAUGUGUGGUAAAUAAGGAAAACGUACAAGUCAAAUGUAAUGGUAAUAUGGUUUUUU